AUGGAAACAUUGCAUGAAACAUGGGAGCAUUUUAAAGGGAUGCUGGUCAUAUGUCCGCACCAUGGCAUUCCAGAUUUGAUGUUGGGAAAACGGUUCUACAUAGGAUUGUCAGACAGCGUGAAGAACAUUGUUGAUGCUUCAGCGGGUGGAGUAUUCUUGAGUAAAACAUGGAGAGAAGGUCAAUGUCUGCUUUACAAGAUGGCGCAGAAUUCAAUAUGGAUAACCAGAAAUGCAUCUAUCACUCUAGUGGUUCACUCAGUGACUUUAGAUCCAUCCAAUUCAACGGCUGAAAAUAUGGCCACUUUAUUGAGACAAAUGAGCAUACUCACCAAAAGGUGGCCUACAGGACACGAUCAUCAGCACUACCCUGAAGCUAUGAACUAUGUGUCUAAUUAUGGAGGCCAGAGACAGGGUGGUCAGAAUUGGAGUCAGCAAAAUCAGCAAUACAGUAAUCAGAAUCAACAGCAGGGGUAUCACCCUCCUCAGCAGCAGUACAAUGGAAGGCAGGAAGAUGGGUUUGCUAGACUUGAAGCAAUGAUGCAACUGGUCAUUGGGUCUAGUGCAAAGAUUAGUGAGAGAGUAGAUGCACAUGACUCGGCGAUCAAGAAUAUUGAAAUGCAAAUGGGCCAAAUUUCGAUGUCUCUAAACAAUCGCCCUCAUGGAACAGUACCCGCAGAUACCCAGGUAAAUCCAAAAGAUCAAGUCCCGAAGCAGUUGAUGGCGGUGAGCUUAUGUAAUGGCAGAGAUUUGGAUGUAGAGCAAGAAAGGGCUCGAAAAUCCAGGGAAGCUAAGACACUUAUAUCAGUGCCCAUAGAGUUGGAUGAAUCAGUGAAACUAACAGAAGUGACAGCCCAGCCUGCCCACAAAGAAGGUAGCAUUCAAAUUGAGACCGAGAAAGAAGCUGAAAUAGCAAAGGAACCAGUGGUUGAUGUAGUGGCUGAUAAGGAUUGA